UUACCAAAUAGUCUCACAACACUCACAUUCAGUGAUAACUUUAACCAAGAAAUUCUACCCGGCUCAUUACCAAAUAGUCUCACAACCCUUACAUUCGGUCAUUGUUUUAACCGAGUAAUUCUACCCAACUCAUUACCAAAUAGUCUCACAAAACUCACAUUCGGUAAUGAUUUUAACCAAGAAAUUCUACCCAACUCAUUACCAAAUAGUCUCACUACCCUCACAUUUGGUCGUCUUUUUGACCAAGUUGUUCUACCCAACUCAUUACCAAAUAGUCUCACAACACUCACAUUCGGUAUGUUUUUUAACCAAGUUAUUCCACCCUGCUCAUUACCAAAUAGUCUCACAACACUCACAUUCGGUUUUUAUUUUAACCAAGUAAUUCCACCCGGCUCAUUACCAAAUAAUCUCACAACACUCACAUUCAGUUAUCGUUUUAACCAAGUAGUUCUACCCGGCUCAUUACCAAGUAGUCUCACAACACUCACAUUUGAUUCUUCAUCUAACCAAGUAGUUCUACCCGGCUCAUUACCAAAUAGUCUCACGACACUCAAAAUUGGUGAUAAAAUUAACCAACUAAUUCCGGCUCCUUACCAAAUAGUCUAA